AAGCUGUGGCCGUUGCAGGUGGAGCGCAUCGAGCGGCGCUGCUUGGAGCUGUUCGGCCGGGACUACUGCUACAGCCUGGUGCCUAAUGCCAACGGCGAGAUCUGCAGCCACUACCCGCGCCAGAUCGUGCUGCUGGACUACGAGAGCCACGACCGUGAGCGCCACGCAUUUGAGAGCACCGUACAGGUGGGCAAGCUGCAGGACCUCAUCCACCGCAGCAAGAUGGCCAGGUGCAGAGGCCGCUUCGUUUGCCCAGUCAUCCUGUACAAAGGCAAGCACAUCUGCAGGUCAGCAACCCUGGCAGGGUGGGGGGAGCUGUACGGCCGUACUGGAUACAACUACAUCUUCUCAGGGGGCUCUGACGAUGCCUGGGCUGAUACCGAUGACCUUUCAGAGGAAGAUCCUGCGUUCAGAAAUGCAGACUCCCAGUUGUUUGACAAGGUUAGAGGGCACGACAUCAAGCUGCUGCGGUACCUGUCGGUUCGGUACAUCUGUGACCUGAUGGUGGAGAACAAGAAGGUGAAGUUUGGCUUGAAUGUUACGUCUUCGGAGAAGGUGGACAAAGCACAGCGCUAUGCUGACUUCACCCUUCUCUCCAUCCCAUACCCAGGCUGUGAAUUUUUUAAGGAGUACAAAGAUCGGGAUUAUACUGCUGAAGGCCUCGUGUUUAACUGGAAGCAGGAUUAUGUAGAUGCUCCAUUAAGUAUCCCAAUCUCCCUGACUCAGGCUCUGAAUAUUGACUGGAGCGAAUACCAGAGCUGGGACCUGGUGCAGCAGACACAGAACUACCUGAGGCUGCUGAUCUCGCUCAUCAACAGUGAUGAUGACAGUGGGCUCCUGGUGCACUGCAUCUCUGGCUGGGAUCGGACCCCCCUCUUCAUUUCUCUCCUGCGCCUCUCACUGUGGGCUGAUGGGCUGAUUCACGCAUCCCUGGAGCCUGCCGAGAUCCUCUACCUGACUGUGGCCUACGACUGGUUCCUCUUCGGGCACAUGCUGGCGGAUCGGCUCAGCAAAGGAGAGGAGAUUUUCUUCUUCUGCUUCAAUUUUCUGAAGCACAUCACCUCACUGGAGUUCUCAGCUGCACCGCCGCCCAGGCGGAAAAGCUUGCCCCCCGGCUUCACUCUGGAGGAGAUCUGCAUGCUCCAGCAGAGGGACCGGGGCAGCACAACGAGCCUGAGCAGUGACUUCUCCCUGGGCGUGGAGAGCUCUCCCGGAGUGGUUGGGAGCUUCACCUACGAGGCUGUGGAGCUGAUGCCAGCAGGAGCCCAGGCCCAGGCAGCCUGGAAGAAGAACCGCUCCUCAUCACCACAUGCUGCUCUCUGGAGCCGGGCGCAGCUGUCUGAAGACGGGCCAGCUGCCAUGGGGUCACUCGAAGCCAAGUCCUCCAGCUCAUCCUCAUCCAACCACUCUGACCACUUUCUGCGCAUUGGGAGUAGCCCGCUGGAGGUGCCCAGGCCCAGAUCAGUGGACUGUUCCCUGCCUGGCUCCUCCGUUUCUACAGACUUUGGCAGCUGGCAGCUGGUGUCGGGGUGUGGCAGCAUUCAGGAGCAGGCGGUCCUGAGCGCAGAUGCCUCCCUCCCUUGCAGCCUCCUGGACGAGCUCCCUAGCAGCUGCCUGCUGGGGCCCAGCAAGGACCGUGCAGCCCGGCUGGAGGAGGUGCGCGCUGCCUUCCUGGCCGCCUACAGCCGCACGCUGGGCCUGCGCUCGGCCGCGCCCGGCCCCGCCGGCACCGGCGCACCCCCUCGCCCGCAGUUCGGCCGCACCGAAGUCAUCGACAACACCCUGAACCCCGACUUCGUGCGCAAGUUCGUGCUGGACUACUACUUCGAGGAGAAGCAGAACCUGCGCUUCGACGUCUACAACGUGGACUCCAGGAGCUGCAACAUCUAUAAACACAAGGACUUCCUGGGACAGGCCUUCGUGGCGCUGGGCGAAGUCAUCGGGUCCCGCAGAGGCCGCCUGGAGAAGGCGCUGACGGGGGUGCCGGGCAAGAAGUGCGGGACCAUCGUGGUGCUGGCCGAGGAGCUGAGUAACUGCCGGGACGUGGUCACCAUGCAGCUGUGCGCCAACAAGCUGGACAAGAAGGAUUUCUUCGGGAAGUCGGACCCCUUCCUUGUCUUCUACCGCAGCAAUGAGGAUGGCACGUUCACCAUCUGCCACAAGACGGAGGUGGUGAAGAACACGCUCAACCCCGUGUGGCAGCCGUUCACCAUCCCCGUGCGCGCCCUGUGCAACGGGGACUACGACAGGACGGUGAAGAUCGACGUGUACGACUGGGACCGGGAUGGCAGCCACGACUUCAUCGGGGAGUUCGCCACCAGCUACCGGGAGCUCUCCCGUGCCCAGAGCCAGUUCACCGUCUACGAGGUGAGGCCGCGGGCCCCGUCCUCCUCCUGCCGGCAUGGGGCAGGGAGGCAGGCAGGGGGGCUGGCAGGGGUAGAAGCCUGUGGGGGGCCGGGGCUAGACUCUCCCCCCCACAGGACACAGCUGAAUUUCACGGUCGCCAUCGAUUUCACGGCCUCCAACGGGAUCCCGUCGCAACCCACGUCCCUGCACUACAUGAGCCCGUACCAGCUGAGCGCCUACGCCAUGGCGCUGAAGGCCGUCGGGGAGAUCAUCCAGGACUACGACAGUGACAAGCUCUUCCCCGCCUACGGCUUCGGCGCCAAGGUGCCCCCGGACGGCAGGAUCUCCCACCAGUUCCCCCUGAACAACAACCCCGAGGACCCGAACUGCGUGGGCAUCGAGGGCGUGCUGGAGGCGUACUUCCAGAGCCUGCGCACCGUGCAGCUCUACGGGCCCACCAACUUCGCCCCCGUCAUCAACCAGGUGGCGCGG